AAUUGAUAAAAGUUGUCUAGAUUAAAUAAAAUGAUCGGUGAUAUUUUGUGCACAAUUCCAUUCUUCAUUCUGUUUGUUACAAUAAUCAUCGAGUGUUGGAAAGUGUAUCUAAACUUCACUAAGCUUAAAGCGUUUCAUCAUAUCGAAGGCUGGCCGAUAAUAGGCAAUGGAUUGCAUUUAAUUGGAAAAAAUAAUGAGCAAAUUUUCGAAACGUUCGUCACCGAAACCGAAGAAAUUUCAUAUACUUGGGUUGGUCCAAUACGUCUCUUUCAUGUGGCUCGGCCGGAAGAUGUCCAGGCGAUUUUAACUUCGGAAAAAUGUUUGAAAAAAGCAAUUCCGUAUGGAUUUUUGUACAAUCGCACGGGUUUAUUAACAGCAGAGCCGAGUACAUGGAAGGUGCAUCGUCGAGCAUUGAAUCCAACACUCGGUCCGAAAAUGGUGAAUAGUUUUGUACCGAUUUUCAACGAAAAAUUCCAGAAAAUGGUCAAUUUAAUGGAAAGACAGAUUGGUAACAAUGUUGAUAUGCAUCAGAUUAUAUUCAGGGCGUCAGUUGACACAAUAACGUCUGCAUCAUUUGGUGUUAAUUGGACCAUGCAGAAUAGACGAGGUGAUGAGCUUCAUCGUUGGCUGAUUGAUCUUAAUGACAAUAUUCAGAAGCGCAUUCAACGAGUAUGGCUUUGGAAUCCAAUCUAUUAUUUAACACAAGACUACAAAAUAGAAAUGUCGAACUUUCAAGCGGUAUACCGAUUCACCCGAACUGCAUUGGAAAAUAAGAGAAUGAAUUUAGCCGAAAAGCUGGAGCACGGUGAAGACGAACUCGCUAUUACCAAGGAGAACAACAAUCAAAACUAUUUACAAAAGUGUUUGCAAUUGGAACUGGAGCAAAAGUUCACAGAUCAAAAUAUUUGCGAUGAAAUGGAAACAAUUUUGAUUGCGAGUGUAGAUACUUCAGCUACGGUCUUUUAUGGCAUAACAUUGAUGUUAGCCAUUCAUCAAGAGUAUCAAGAGCGUGUUGUCGACGAAAUGCGUGAGAUAUUCAUUGACGUGAAUGAACCAGUGACCAAUGAUCACCUAUCUCGAAUGACUUUCCUGGACCUUGUUAUAAAAGAGACGAUGAGGUACUUUCCGAUUGGACCAUUUUUAGGACGUGAAUGUACAGCUGAUUUCGAGAUCAACGGCGGUGUCAUUCCAAAAGGCUCACAAAUUUUCAUAAAUGUUCUUCGAAUGCAUAGAAACCCCAAGUUCUUUGGCGAAAAUGCACUUGAAUUUUAUCCAGAACGAUUUUUACCGGAAAAUUGCGCCGAUUGGCACCCAUAUUUGUUCAUACCAUUUAGCGCUGGUGCACGGAAUUGUAUCGGCGUUCGUUAUGCAUGGACAUCAAUGAAAAUCGCACUCUCGCAUAUUCUCAGACGUUUCAAACUCACCACGCACUUGAAGCUACAUGAAGUGAUCAUCAAACCCGAGCUUCUUCUUAAAAUUGGCAAUAAAAAUGCCAUUCGCAUUGAGCGACGAAAAUGGUAACCUCCAACAAUGACAAGUCCAGAAUUAUUGAAUAAAUUAAUCAGUGAGACAAUGAUUAAAAAAAGUAGUACUUGUGGCGGCACCUAGCGAGUCCAUACAACUUUCAUAUAGUUUGUUUAUUGAACAAAUGGUAGGGGAAAAUGUGGAGGGGAAGCAGUCUAUUGAAUGUAUAGGCAUACACGUUCCACUCGCCAGGAGGCAGUGUAAACUGUCUUUUCGAUGACAUUCAAUAUUAAAAUAUGCAAACAUUGUCACACUGAAUUUAAUAUGAUGAUUUUAAAUAAAAGUAUCAAACCAAACAACUGGGUGAUUAGAUGAUAAACACAGGUGUUAAUGAAUUCAAUAAGAAUGGAAUUAAAGAGAAAUAAAUAGUCUUACCUUCCGCACCG